CAAUGAGUUGGCAGCCUUGGCUCAAAUCCUAAAAAUCUACGUGGAGCAAAAAUAAACAAAUAAUGGCGAAAAAUCCAAAAAAAGAUGAGGACGGCGGUAACGACUGGGCCCAAAGUGACGAGGACGACAACUGGGACGAUUGGGGCGAUGACGAUGACAAGUUCGUUCACGUGGAGAAGGAGAAGCAGCCAGAGGAGAAAGUCCCGAGCAGAAACGACGCAAAAGAAACGGUGGAAAAUCAGGAAAAGCUGGAAACUCCCAGAAUUUCUGCUCCAGCAACAACAUCCGCCACAUCCUCGUCCUGGGGUCUGUGGGGCGGUAAGCUGAGCUCCGUGCUGAGCACCGCCACGGAGGGAUUGGGCACGAUAACCACCCAAGUCAACCAGGGGCUUAAUCAGAUCAUCGGAGUGCCCGAUCCCGAGGAACUGGCUCGAAUCAAUGUGGCUGAAAAGGCGGAAAAGGCUGCUAAGGCGCCGCCAGAGGAACAUGUCGACGAUGAAAAAGAAUCUUCGGCCGCCUUUGGCUUGGAUUUUGUUACCAAUCUGGGCUCCAAGGUCCUCAACACCGGACUGGAUACACUCGAGGGCAUUGGCAAGAAGACCAUGACCAUCCUGCAGGACAACGAUCCCAAGCUGAUGAACAAGCGGAAACUGCUGGGUCUGGAGGCCAACCCGCCCAAUCUGAGUGCCGUGUUGCUGGAGGCGAAGAAGGAUGCCGAUCAAAUGGAGCAAUCCCUGCAACAGAUGCAGCUGAAAAGGCAAAAGGCGCAGCUGCGUUUCGAAGUCCUUUUCGAAAAUUACUGCGGCCUGGUGCACUUCGAGGCCCUGGAGAUCCUCUCCAAAGAGUCGCGCCUCAAACUGGACACCCUACUCGAUGCGGUUAGUGGUAAUGCCCUUGCAGAGUUGCAGGAAACGAUAAACGAGGUGAAGGAACUGCUCGAACUGGAGGAUCUGGAUGUGGAGAGUGAAGGUGACUACGAGGCGGAGGAACUGAGCGAGCGACUGGCGGCCACGAUCAAGGACGCCGAGCUGGGCAUUCAGUUCGACGACAUAGCCAAUCACUGGACGCAGUCCCUCAGCUGGUUGACCUCGGAGGAAGCAACUGCCGCCGAUCUGGAGCAAGCCUAUGCCAAGAGCAUCCACGCGCUGAGCGAAGCCUGCGCCCUCGAGAUGUGUAAGCUGCACAAGAUCGCCGAGCUUUUGCUGGUGAAGCCACAUCACAGCACCGCCAACGAAGUGGACGGCGUCGUCAAUCUCUGCCAGCAGUUCAAUGGACACCUUCAGGGACUUAGCCACCGCUUCGCCGCCGUUCUGAGCGGUAAGUCAGAAACGGAGGAAUCGAAAGGCCGGGUCAGCACAUUCUUUUCCGAGAUGCUAUCUGCCGUGCAGUUCGUCGAGAAGGCCUACAAGCUAUUUACACCCAUUCUCCAGAUGGGAGCUGUGUAAACGGAUUUAAGAUUAAUUGUUGUACUUUCUACUUUUACUAUUGCUCGGUUAGUGUCCUCAACUCACUUGUUUUUCCAUAUAAAUGUACAAAAUUAUAAAUGAUUGCGAUGCAAAUGCUUGUGAUAACA